AUUCCACGACUCGCCAACUCAGUCUCCACUUUGCUCUGGAGUGGUGAACUAAAAAGUAAAGAAAAGAAAGGUAGACCCACGCGAACUCGGUGACUCAAUCACUCUACACUUUUUCAGGAUCUGAAUUCUAGGGUUCCUUGAGUUAGUAAUCGGACUCAGGAGAUGACGAGUCCGAUCACGCCAAGCAAUGGCAGUGGUAGGGCUUUAUCGUUAACGUCAAGUGCUAGAGGUUUGAAGACUCCUUUAACUGACGAGAAGAUCUGGAAACGACUUAAAGAGGCUGGAUUUGAUGAAGAAUCCGUUAAAAGAAGAGAUAAGGCUGCUCUUAUUGCCUAUAUUGCAAAUCUUGAAGCCGAGAUGUUUGACCUUCAAUACCAUAUGGGGCUUCUCAUAUUGGAAAAAAAAGAGUGGACUUCGAAAUAUGAUCAAAUGAAAUCGUCUGCCGAAACAGCUGAUUUAAUGCGUAGGCGUGAUCAAGCUUCACAUUUAUCUGCCUUAGCUGAGGCGAGGAAACGAGAAGAAAGUUUGAAGAAGGCUUUAGGAGUUGAGAAAGAGUGUAUAUCAAGUAUGGAGAAAGCAUUGCAUGAGAUGCGUGCAGAAUCUGCUGAAACCAAGGUUGCAGCUGACUCUAAGUUGUCUGAAGCCCGUGAUAUGGUACAAGAUGCCCAGAAAAAGUUUUUAGAUGCUGAGGCAAAACUGCAUGCUGCUGAAGCUUUACAAGCAGAAGCUAGCCGGUAUCAUCGAGCUGCAGAAAGAAAGCUCCAGGAAGUUGAGGCACGUGAAGCUGAUCUUAGCAGGCGAAUGACAGCUUUCAAAACUGAUUGUGAUGCAAAAGAGAAGGAGAUUGGUCUUGAGAGACAAUCUUUGAGUGAAAGACGGAAGGUUUUGCAGCAGGAACAGGAAAGUUUACUUGAUGGACAAGCUUUGCUGAACCAGAGGGAGGAUUAUGUUGCCAACAAAUCUCAAGAGCUAAAUCAACUUGAAAAAGUGCUGGAAGUCUCAAAAGAAAAUAUUGAGAAGGAACUUAGAGCCCUAAAUGAUGAGAAAUCCAAGCUGGAGCUGACCAUAGCUUCCUUGUCUCAAAGAGAGGAGGCUGUUAUUGAGAGAGAAGCUCAACUAAGCAAGAGAGAACAAGAGCUACUUGUUUUCCAGGAAAAGCUUGCCAGCAAGGAAUCGGUUGAAAUUCAAAAAGUUACUGCCAGUCAUGAGAAUGUUUUGAGAACAAAGAAUUCAGAAUUUGAAGCAGAGCUGGACAAGAAACGCAAAUUGGUGGAAGAUGAAAUUGAAGCCAAGAGACGGGCUUGGGAACUGAGAGAGGUUGAUCUUAAACAGAGGGAGGACCUAGUGCUAGAAAAGGAACAUGACUUGGAGGUUCAAUUAAGAGCCUUGGUAGAUAGGGAAAAGGAUGUGACAGACAAGAUCAACUUUCUUGAUGAUAAAGAAAGAAGUUUGAAUGUUGUUGAGAAGGAUAUUGAAUUGAGAAGAACUCUUCUGCUGCAAGAAAGAGAAGAGAUUAACAAAACAAAGCUAGAUCUUCAGAAGUCAUUGGACUCUUUGGAAGACAAAAGGAAACAAGUUGAUUGUGCAAAGGAGAAACUACAGACCAUGACAAGUGAAACAAAUGAAUAUGCAGCUUUAGAGAUGAAACUGAAAGAAGAAGUUGACACUCUUAGGGCUCAAAAACUAGAACUUGUGGCUGAGGAAGACAGACUGAAAAAUGAGAAGGGCAAAUUUGAAACUGAGUGGGAGUUGAUUGAUGAAAAAAGAGAAGAGCUAAGGCAGGAAGCCGAACGUGUAGCUGAGGAGAGAGAAGCUGUUUCCAGGUUGCUCAAAGAAGAGCGUGAUAGCCUUAGACUAGAGAAGAAAGAAAUACGAGAUCAACAUAAGAAAGAUGUUGAGUCUCUUAAUCACGAGCGUGAAGAUUUCAUGAAUAAAAUGGAACAAGAGCGCUCUGAAUGGUUCAACAGGAUUCAGAAGGAACAUUCGGACUUCUUGUUGGGCAUUGAGAUGCAGAAGAGGGAACUAGAGAGCAGUAUUGAUAAAAGGCGUGAAGAGAUAGAAAGCUAUUUAAGGGAUAAAGAGAAAGCCUUUGAGCUAGAAAAGAAAAGUGAGCUUCAACAUAUUGCUUCUCUUAGAGAAAAAGCAGAAAAAGAGUUGGAACAAGUUACUUUAGAAAUGAAGAAACUUGAUGCUGAGAGAAUGGAGAUAAAUUUGGACCGUGAGCGAAGGGAUGGGGAAUGGGCAAUGCUGAAUAAGUCCAUUGAGGAACUCAAGGGUCAGACACAGAAAUUAGAGAAACAAAGGCAACUGUUACGUGGAGAGAGAGAAGAGAUUUAUGUUCAGAUUGAGCAACUAAAAAAAUUGGAUAAUUUGAAACUUGCCUUGGAUGAUAUGGAAAUGGAAGAGAUGCAACUUUCCAAUAUGGAGUCUAGCCGCCAGAAAAUAUCUACAAUAAGACGAUUGAAGCAACAAACUACUGUACAAGAUACUGAUUUGGCUUCAUAUGGAAAAGUAGAUGCUGCCAGCAAUGUAGGUGGACUCAACUCUCCUACACCAAAAACAAGUGUUGCUUCCCCACCCAACUCUGCUCGUUUUUCUUGGAUAAAGCGUUGCACUGAAUUGGUCUUCAAAAAUUCCCCUGAGAAGCCCUUGUCAAAGAGCGAGGAGUCUGGGAUGUCUGGCCACGAAGAUACAAGUUUGACAGCUGGAAAACUGGAUUCUUCCAAUGGAUACUGUGGGAAAAAGCUCAAGUCGGUACAAAGUUUUGACAAGAGUCAACCUAUUAGAUAUGCUUAUGGUGAGCCAAAAGUGAUACUUGAAGUGCCUCCUAAAGGAGAUAUUUCUAAGGAAUCAUGCGGUGUUGAAUAUGAUAUCAUGGAAGUUGCAAAUGAAAGGCUCACAUUCCCAAUUUCUGAUCUAGCCCCACAGGCUGAAAGGAAACGACGUGUUGACAAUUCAUCUUUAGAUAAUUCUGUUGAUUCUCAGCAUGGGAAAGGUCAGAGCAAUAAGAGGAGGAGGCAAGAGGAAAUUGCCAGUGCAAUUUUACCUGAAGAUACUGUUAAUGACAGUGUAACUUCAACCCAGGAAGCUGUUUGUAAGGAUCAGCAUGCAGCUGAAGAAGCAGAUGUAGUAAUUAUGGACAAAAUCAUUAAAGUUUCUGAAGUGACUUGUGAAAUAACUAGCACAAACAGUUUUGCUCAUCAAGAAAUAUCAGUGCAGCUUCAAAGUUCUGAAAAGACAUCCCACCACAACACUGGUAAAGACAAGGAGGUUUCAGAAGUGUUAAAGGAGUAGUGUGUGGGAGAUGUUGGAAAUGGCUCCAAGUAAAGUCAGCAAUGCAGGAGCUGGUAGAUUUUGAACUCCAUGUCAGAAAGGGGGAGCUUAAACAGCAAGUCUUUUAGAUGUAGACGAUGCAGACAACACCCACAUUUUCUGGAAAAGAGUUAAAACUUAAAAUAGUGUUGCCUUGUAGAUGUGAAUAUAUGGUGUUUUUAAACAUGCUAAUAUGCUUCCAAGGUCUUGAAAACUUUAGUUUCUGAAAUGUUGUGCUUUUUGGUCAUUUUCACUGGACUUACCAUGACCUAUGCUGCCUUGUAAAGUGCAUAUCUUCAUGGAUAGAAAUCAAUUAACCGGAGCUGCAAGUCUAGAUCAAAGUCACCAACUCUGUUUUAGGCCAUGCAAUUGCUGGAAGUAGCGGAUUUGCAGGAAUGGUGAGGGGCAGGUCCAUUCAAGGCACGUUAACAGGGAUCCGAGCUUGCAGCAAAUUUAUAGUUAGAGGAAAGGUGUGUCGAUCAUUUGUGUGUAUAAACGUUGAAGGGGCGUGCCAUUUUAUUUUCUGAUUGGUGAUUAAACAAGAAAUUAGGUGUCUA